AUGUGCUUUCAGAGUAACAAAAGAGGAGAUUUCUGGAAUGUCAGAGAAAAGAAGUUCUUCAACAUAUCCGGACUUUUGUUUGCCGAUGAUCUCAUCCUGAUCGGAAGGAAUUACUCGGAGCUGGAAAAAUUGUUAGAAAUCACGUCCCAGUUUGGGGACGAGAUGAAACUGACUUUUAAUCCAGCGAAAAGUGCGGUUGUGACCUUCUCAAAGUGCGGUAUAGGCACAGAGAAACGUCUACAGGUCCAAGGUCGAGAUAUACCAAGAGACACGCAAUACAAAUACCUGGGAAUUACUGUAUCAGAUUCUGGCCACUACCUAGAUGCCCAGGAGGACAUCUGGGCAGAGAAAUCUCAGAAAGUUCUGAACCAAUUGCGAGCGAGAGCACUAUGGGGAUUCAAUAGGUUCGAAAUCUCCAAGACCCUAUGGAAGGCGGUAGCCGUACCAGCGCUCACCUACGCUACCGGGGAAGCCUACCGCAUCAGGAGAGAUGUACUUUUUAAUUGUCUUGCUGAUUUGACUUAUUCAUGCCCUCAUUGUUACGUGACGCGUUUCCGGACAAUGAGAAUAUGCAUCAAGACGCUGGAGAACAAAAUAUCAACAGCACAGAACGAGGCGGGAAGGUACGCUCUUGGGGUCCCCGGCAGUAAAGUGGCAACGGAAUUCGUCACAGGAGAACUGGGCUGGUCAUCUUUCAAGGCGCGAGAAGCCCAAAGUAAGUUGCGAUAUUUUAACCGAGUGAAAUCCAUGCACGACCACAGAUGGCCGAAGGCCAUAGUGGAUAUGAUGGAUCAGUGCGGAGUUAGGACAAAGGCAUAUCGGAGACUGCAGGAGCUGGAGCGUGAAUUCAAGUGUGACGACAUCACGUUAACUUUCACGCAAGAAGGAAAACCGCUCCACGGAAUUCUCGACAGAGCGAUUAAAGGAAGAAUUCGCGAGGUUGAAACAA